AUGACAUUGAUAAACGAAUGCCUGAAUUGCUCUAUUUUCCGAUGGUCGGGACAGUACUACCGACAACUUAGAGGCCUAGCUAUGGGACAAAGGCUGGCACCCACUCUCGCCAUUGUUUUCAUGGCCAAGAUCGAAAAGCCUAUAAUAGACCGCAAACCACUGCUGUAUUAUCGUUACAUAGAUGAUUGCUGCGUCGUCUGCUCAACCCAAGCAGAACUAGACGCGUGCUUCAAUCUUCUCAAUCAGCAGUGUCCGCACAUCAAGUUCACAAGGGAGAGACCGAUAGACAACUGGUUGGCUUUCCUGAAUGUGCACAUUUACUUGCGGAAUGGGAUAUCGCAUCCCAGCAAAAUGAAAAAAUCUGUUAUAGGAAACAUGUACAGAACGGCGGCAAGAGUCUCAUCGAGUAGCCAGGAAAAAGCAUGGUCUAUAAAUGUGGCCCAUAAAGUAGCAAUGUCCAAUGGGUACCCAGCUGGAGAUGGUGCUACCCGACAAGCACGGUAUCCCUCUCGAAGACCCAACGUAGUGGAUGGCCCAGAGAAGAUCCCCUUCUGUUUACCUUAUAUAUCUGAUGAUAUGAGCAGAGCAGUACGGGGCUGUCUACGAAAAGCGGGUCUAAGGAAUGACGUGAGGGUUGUGGAAAUACCUCCAGCAAACCUCAAGGCGAAGCUGGUACGUAACCGUGUGUAUGAUCGACUCUGCACAACUCCCAGCUGCGUGGUUUGCCCGUAUGGCAGAGAGGGUGAUUGCAUGAUAUCGGGAGUGGUGUAUCGUAUCACGUGCAGGUUGUGCGGUGACGAUUAUAUAGGGGAAACGGGACGCCCAUUGUGUAUUAGGGUCAAGGAGCAUCUAGACGGACUCGCAAAAUCAAAAACCUUCACCCCACUUGGAGCACACCGUAGAAUAUGUCAUCCAAACUCCGAAGUAGAGGUAGAAGUUCGUAUAUUAUCCUACGAGUCCGAAAUCACAGCACGCAGAACGCUAGAGGCCUUUUGGAUAACCGCCAAAAGUCCAAAAAUGAACAAGAAGGAUGAGUGCAUUGCGAUCACAAACGAGUUAUCCCCGUAUCAAGACUUAUGCGGUUGUGGUACGUGGUGGUCUGCUGAGUUAACAAGUCUAGCUAAUGAGGCUCUGACGAAGGCGAUAUCGCCGAAACGUUAG